UUUAUCAUAUAAAUGAGUGUAUAAUACAUAAGAUAAAUACAAAAAAUAAACAUAUAAUUAAAUUCUUUUCUGUACAAAUUAUUUCCAUCUGAUAUAACAACUACCUAAAAUUUCAAAUUAAAUGUAAUUUAUUUAACUAAUUAAAUCAAGUAUUAGGAAAAAAUGGGGCCCCAAACUUUACCAUUUUAGAGGGGGCCUAAGACAAUUGCCUUCUAUGCCUAAGGCACGGCUCUGAUAAUAUGGGGUAUCCGAUGGACCGAACCUCAACCGAUUAAUUUUUUGGAAUCUAUCCACCAACGCCAGAUAGAUCCGGUUGCUCGCAAUGGAAAUUAGAUAUUCAUGUCGUCUGGCCACACAAACGGAUAAAUCUGAGUUUGGUAAAUUUCGAAUCCAAGAGGAUUAGCACAUUUUCAAACCCCCGACUUAACCAUACUUGUAUAGUUAAUAUGUCUAACUUUGGAAAAAAGUAACCUUAAUUAAGGUGCACAACAGUUUAUCCAUGACUGCUUUGAGACAGAGCCGCCAUGGGCCCAAGCGAAACAAGUUCAUGUUUCCAGCCGCGAUUUUAUUAAGUAUUUAACCGGCCAUGGUUAAAACUGCCACUGGUCUAGUGGUUAUUUAUGCACUAGCACUAUGUCAGAGUCUAAGGUUCAAAAUCCAUUAAGUACAAAGUAUCUUUUUCAAAAAAAAUUCCAGCCAUUCUUUUUGUUUUGGGGCUUGUGGCUUUUGAAAAGCCGUAGGAAUGGCUCUGCUUUGACAUGUAUACUAUGUUUAUGUAAAUUGAUUGUAGCAUUAGGGACACGCUCAUUGCUCGUCAAGACCGUAAAAUUAAGCUGCAAAACCAUAAUCUCUCUAGUCUCUAGUUCAUAUAUAUGAAAUGCAAUCUCCCUGCUCUAAUUAGCUUUUUGUAUACUUGUCAACUUUGUGCGAUGUUCUGGUGAAAUAAAUUCAGAUUUUAUCCACAUUCUUUUUUCUAAAUUUUUUUUUUUUUGAGACUAGGCAUUACCUUAUGCUUUUUGCGUAAAUCAAAUUCACAAUUUAUCCACACACAAAAACAAUGUUUUUCUUGUUCGAUAAAAGUAUUUUAUUUUUCUCUAAAGAAAAAAUUGAUGACAACAUCUUAACUAACAAGAUUUGUUUACCCGAGAUCAUAUAUUUGAUUAACUAAAAUAAAGGAGUAAGAAUAUUCGUUGAAUAUGGACUUUCUCAAUUUAUAUCGCAACAGGUAAAUAUAAAGUCUGAGCUAUUUUUUUAACUAAACCCUAUUCGUAUCAUACUUAUAAAGAACAAAAGUAAAAUCCAGCCUCGCGUUGUAAUAUCAACCCAUAUAACAACAUUCAUACACAAUAACUCAAUCUUAUACCUUCACCAAAAAACGAUGGCCAUCUUCGACCCGUUUAAGCUCCGCCACAAACCACCGUCGAUUUUCCCGACGACUGUUAAAACAGGUCAUGUUUUUUCCGUCGUGGCCAAGUUCUUUUUUACCAUAUGCACCUUAAUAUCCGUUGCUAUGAUCUUCUCAUACAUCAUCUUCUCCGGUUGCUCCGAUUACCAACGUAUUGCUGACCACCGCCGCUUUGGCCGUGACAAUGUGAUCUCAACAACCAACUCGUCUUCUUCGGCCAUCGGCCAGAAAAAUCAGUCCUCAGAAGCUACCGAUAUCUCCCACAUAUUUUUCGGGAUUGGUGGCUCCAUUCAAACGUGGAGAGAACGCAGCCGCUACACCGAGCUCUGGUGGCGACCAAACGACACUCGCGGAUUUGUCUGGCUUGACGAGGAACCGCCUCUUAACAUGACAUGGCUCCCAACUUAUCCACCGUACAAAGUCUCGGAGGACACCUCCCGUUUCAAUUACACUUGCUGGUAUGGUACAAGAUCAGCUAUACGAAUGGCGAGAAUCAUCAAAGAGAGUUUUGAGCUAGGGUUAACGAACGUGAGAUGGUUCGUGAUGGGUGACGACGACACCGUUUUCUUUGUAGACAAUCUUAUAACAGUUCUCAGUAAGUACGACCACAAUCAAAUGUAUUACAUCGGAGGAAAUUCGGAGAGUGUUGAACAAGCCAUAGUUCAUUCCUACGCCAUGGCUUACGGUGGCGGAGGGAUUGCAAUUAGCUACCCAUUGGCCGUCGAGCUAGUAAAGAUACUCGACGGAUGUAUUGAUCGGUACGCAUCGUUAUAUGGAUCUGACCAGAAAAUUGAAGCUUGUAUUAGUGGGAUUGGUGUUCCAUUGACCAAGGAACUAGGGUUUCAUCAGAUUGACUUACGUGGCAAUCCGUACGGUAUACUGGCUGCGCAUCCAGUUGCUCCUCUGGUAUCGCUCCACCACCUAGACUACGUUGACCCAAUUUUCCCGGCGUCAACACAAAUCGACGCCCUAAGAAGACUCAUAUCCGCCUAUAAAACGGAUCCAAGUCGGAUCCUCCAGCACAGCUUCUGCCAUGACCAGACCCGGAACUGGUCUGUCUCCGUUUCUUGGGGUUACACUAUUCAGAUUUAUCCGUCUCUAGUCACGGCUAGGGAGCUUGAGACGCCGUUCCUUACGUUCAAGUCGUGGCGGACGUCGAGUUCCGAGCCUUUCACGUUCGAUACCAAACCCAUCAGUGAAGAUCCUUGUGAGAGACCCUUUGUUUACUUCCUGGACCGGGUAUACGGGGUGGGUUCGAAUCAGACUCUUACGACGUAUCGGAAGCAUGUUGAAAUGAGCGACACGCAAUGUGAAUCUCCCGAGUAUUCUCGCUUAAAUUCCGUCGAGUUCAUCGACAUCUCCGUUGCUAAAUGGAUGCCUGCUCUCUGGAGAAUGGCACCACGUAGGCAAUCUUGUGAAAUUAUCAACGGCAAAGAUGACUCGGAAUACGUAAUUAAUGUCAAGAUAUGUCAUUUUAAUCCUUUCGAAAGUGUAACUCCUCAGUCCUAGCAUCAAAAGGUUUUGACGUUUGCAAAAUGGAACGACUCUAUCGUCUCAUCUCAAGAGGAAAUGAGCGACAGAUUUCUCAAUUUUUAUGUAAAUAUCAUCUAACCGACGAUCCGAACUUGGAUAAAGUCAAAAUUACAAGGAUUAUUAGUUUUCAGCGUUUUAUCUUAGCACAUAUUCCCUCAUUUUCACAAUAAUAGAUUUUUUUAUUAUUUUCACACAUACUAAGAAAACAAAACACGUUAAAUCACUAUAAUAAAUAUAUUAUUUUUUGUAUUUUUAAUUUUUAAUAAUUUUUAACUAAUAAUAAUUUAUUAAAAUCAAUUAAUUUUUUUGAAAAUUACAAUUUUUUAAUAAAAAAUACAAAACAAUUAUCUUUGUAAAACAAUUUUUUUCUAAAACAUCUAACUUAAUGAAACGGAAAGAUUACUAUCCAGUUAUGAACAAAGAGUUUGGCAGAAUGUGUCUAUUUAUAUUCACACUAUUGCGACAACUUAAUGCGUAUAGCCCACUAAAGAGUUUUUAUCCAUUCUAUUCAUGAACAUAGCCUACUAAUAUAAGUGUGGUCCAACUGUUUUAAUACAGUUAUUACAAAAAUUUAUUAAUCAUUUAAGAGAAAUAUUAUACAAAAAAUAAAAAUAUGACUAAAAACACACAAAUAUAAAAAAUAAAUUUUUAAAAAAAUGUAAAACAAAAAAUAUAUCCGUCCUUUUUCGGAAUAUAGUAUUUCCUUAAAACACUACUACAACAACUUAGUGCGAAGCCCAUAAAGAGUUUGUCAUCUUGCUUCAAACGCACUACUGCAACGGCUUAGCUUGGCACAAACCUCCACGUAUCUCUUCAAAUUCACUAUUUUCCCGUGAUUGGAGUGUCUAGCAGUCUAGGUAACAGACUCUUCACGUUGGCAGAAUAGUCCAGAUGACUCGCUUACAGUCAGAUUUUAAACAUACUAGAUCACUACUUGACCAAGAGCACCAUUAUCGGUUAAUACCUCCUCGAGUUUCUAAGAAAAAAAAGAUAUUAAUAUUAUAAUUUUUUUGUUUUUCACAAUCUGUUGAGACAAUAUGUGAUUAACACAUGCACUUUGGAGUUCUUUAAUGGUUCUAAAAUGGUGUUAGAUUAGAACUUUUGUUUUUUCUCUCUCUUCAUUUUGUUAAUUUUUCAUUUAUUUUAGUUGCCACGGCUGGUUCUUCGCAGAUCCAUUCAACUUCAAAGACUGUACCGUCAACGACUAUGCAUGUAGUCCUAUUUCGGCAGUCUUUCCAUAUCUCACCGCAAUGUUAUCUAAAAUUAGUAUUUGUCGACCUCUAUCUUUCAGAGGCUGUACCGUCGACUGUGUAGUCCUACUCCGGCAGCCUCUCUGCACCUCAUUGCAAUGUCGGAAAAUCCAGACAUUUUCAGAGACAAUUUUUAAUUGCUCUCAAAACUCAUUGGUUGGGUUAUUCAACGUCGAUUUCGACUUCUUUGCGUUUCUUCGAACGCGGGCUUUAGGAAUACAAGUAAAACUUCUCUACGGAUCUUUUCUCUCUUUAGCCACAUCUAUCGUUCGUCAUGUUUUAGUUAUUUUUAUUUGUCAGUUUACCGUCGAGAAUCCUUUCGGUUGUAAAACCAUUGGACUUUUAAUUUUAAUAUAAACAUUUGGUGUUAAAAAAAAAAACCCCUUCUAUAUUUUCCUCCCAUCGGAGUUGGUCUAAGAGAGAGAACAUCUCUCGUUACAAAUAUCAGUGAAAUGUUUUAAAAAUUCAUCCUGAUCUCUAUUUUAACUUCUUCCUAGCGUAACCGACGUGAUAAACUCUUCUCUCCAAAGUCCAAACCAUAACACAAGGCUGAUGAGUGAAGACUAUUUGCAUACGGACAAUCUAAACGCAAAACUCCAGUAGAUCAAAUACAAAAGAUUCACACAGUUGACUUACAAAAUCAACGAUUAUCCCGUCUCAGAAGUUUCCAUGAUUAGAGUGGACCCUUAUCUAGUCUAUGAAUUUUGACCAGUUGUGCAAUAGCCACGUGGGUCCAGAUCUGUCGUUAAGGUCAUUUCCACCCCCAUCUAAAUUCAUUACUAUGGUAAAAUGCUACACAAUAAAAUAUUAAAAUAAAAAGUUGGCAUAAAAUGGAAAAGAACAAAUUCACAUGGUAGUAUGGUACCAUGAUUUUAAAAGUAAAAUGGUUGGCAAUUUUAUAUACAAUAUAAUUUAAGAAUAAUCUUAGCCUUACGAGGUGCCAUAUAUAAUCAUAUCAUAACUUAUUACCAAUUGUUU